CCCAGUACUUGCCACCGACGUUUGAGAUUUAGAAUCAUCCAACUUCGAUUCCCUUCCACAAAACCCAAAACCUCCCCACGCCUAGCUAGCUACUCAGUGCCACCGCCCAAUCACCUUCUCUGCUUCAGAGAUGGGGAAAUCCCCGCUAAAUUUAGCCAAGGAUUCGAUGGUCAGAGCCUACAAGCUCAUAAAACAUCCUCAAAAGGCAAAUGGCAUCUCCUUCUGGGCUUUCUUUCUAUCCAUUUUCAUCUAUAUUUCUGUUUUCUAUGCCUUCAACCUGUCCCCCAACACCCUCUUCCACUCCCCAAAAUUCUGGUUCUUCAUUUCCAACACUCUCACCCUCAUAAUUGCGGCGGAUUCCGGGGCUUUCUCUUCCUCAAAAGAGAAAGAAGAUUAUUAUGGUCAUCGCGAAUACCUUGUUAAGACUCCAGCAAGGAGUGCUACUGCUUCAUCAUGUGUUUCCUCCCAAUACCCAGAAAUUCCCGAGAAAAUCGCUCGACAUGGGGUCGAGAAAUCGCAAGAAAUUGCCAAGAAAAGCACCAUCCCGCAUGGGGUUGGGGAGAAAUUCCAAGAAAACAAACAAGUAGCACUUUCCCGGGAAAGCAAUAUUCCGGAAAAUAAUUACUUGGAGGAAACUGUCCGUAAAGUUGACCACAAAAUUCUGAGAGACAGUUCAGUGCAAUCGCCAGGACUCACCCCACAAGCUCAUAAUGAAGCUUAUGAUGACAAGAGGAAGCCUGAAAGAGCAUUUCUUCGCAGUAAAUCCCAUAAUGCUCCUCGGAUGGAAAAUAAUGAAGAGAAUGGUAAAAUCAUAAGCCUCCAGAGGUCGCAUACAGUCAAGUGCCGGGAACAAGCAAUAGAUCACGAAGCCAUGUCGGACGAAGAGCACGAACCACGCGACGAAGAAAAUGAGUUUUCGGGUAUGUCGAACGAAGAGUUGAACCGAAGAGUUGAGGAGUUUAUUCAGAAAUUCAAUCGACAGAUUCGACAGCAGGCAGUCCUGAAUUAAUUAAAGACGACUUUAGAACAGUGUCUGGAAUUUGGAAGAGAAUGGAAUGUAAAAUGAGUAGAAAUUUCCAGAGAUGCGUGGGUGUUGCUUUCAGCUAUAUAUAUUACAAUAUAUAUUUUUGUCUGUGUCUCGUCCUCCCCUUUGUGGUGUUUCAUUCUCGGGUUUGGUGUAGACUGUAGAUGGUUUGGAAUUUUGAGAGGAAGAGUUUUCACUUUCUUCAAUAAAUUUCUUAUUAUAUCGUUCUGCUCAA